AACGGCGCGCCGGGUUUGCGCAGGCGCGUGGCGAGCGUCGUGAGGGAAUGAGGGGGAGAGGAGAAGAAGAAAAAAAAAAAGAAAAGAAAGAAAGAAAGAAAGCAGCGGGAGACUCGAGCAAUGGCGGAUUGACUGCGGCUCUUUCCCGCCGCCUUUCGCGAGCGACCGCAAAGAAAACAGCUUUUAUAAUUCCAUAAAGGCCGGCGCUGUCCCAAGGGGAAAUCCUGGACUAGAUGAGUUCGAGUCCUGCCUUAGCCAUGAAAGCCAGCUGGGUGACUUCAGAAGCUGCUGAGGAAGGCUGCAGAUGACAAUUGGACAACCCCAGAUGCUUUGUCAAGCAUCCAAAGUUUGACCACCUGACUGCGUGGACACUGCAGCGGUCAUAGGUGUGAGAACUGGACAUAAACCACCUUUAAAAAAAAAUUGGAAUGGCUGUUAAACAAAUGGUUGUAAGUUGAGGACUGCAAGCUGAGGACUAGUAAACCCAACAGUUAAUUCAGAAGACCGCAGCUUCAGGUGUGAAAUGUUUGUUUUGAGGAAGCGGCGGUAAGAAAUAAGAUCAUGGAGGACAACAUUCACAUCCAUGCUUGGUCCUGCUCCUAUUAUCUCAGCUCGGAAAAACAAUGGGUUCCCGGGAAACUCCUGCUGACUCCAGUUUCGGUCAAAUUUACGGCGGACAAAUCCGGAGAGAUUCUGGCCAGCUUCCCCCUUUCCUCCAUCAGCGAGAUCAAGAAAGAAUCGUCCACCUUAAUCUUCAGUUCCCUCACCCUCUUAGAGAGCAACACCAAGCAUUGGUUCAGCUCCCUUCAACCCAACCGAAACGUGAUCUUCAACGUGCUGGAACACUUUUGGAGAGAACAACUCCUCUCGCCCGGCGGAGCCAGGCCGCAGGCAGCGUGCGCCCAGACUUCCAAGGGCAAGGAACUGACCGGCUUGCUGAUGGGAUCUGAGAAGCGCCUGGAAGAUACCGCAAAGGUCCUGGAGCACCAGGGUGAACAGUUCGAUAACAUCAUGAAAGGCCUGGACAAGAUUGAGUCUGAGAUGGAUGUGGCAGACAGGUUAUUGUCCGAACUCGAAUCUCCGUCUUGGUGGCCCUUCGGUGGGAAACUCCCCAGGGCUGUGUCCGAAGCGGGGAAGGCGAAGGAGAACCCCGCAGCUUCUCCCUCCAAAAACAAAGAUGGCGUCAUUGUGCAUAUCCCUGUCAUCAUCACCGAACGGACCGAUGCUCACGUCAAACCGGGCAGCCUCACCCUCUUAGUGUCCGGCCUGAGGAUCUGUGACGCCAAAUCCCAGCUAUUGCACUGGUUCGACAAGAGGGACGUGGAUGACGUCAGGGUCCACACCCCUUACGAAAUCUGCGUCCGACAGAGGUUUAUCGGCAAACCGGAUAUCUGCUACCGGCUGCUGUCGGCAAAGAUGCCCGAAGCCAUCCCGUUCCUGGAGAUGCAGUUCAACAAGAAGAUUCAGUUCUUGGAAGACGCUUUGGCCUUCGCACAGCCUAAGAGGGCGUCUCCAGAGGAGGCGGGGGGCUCCAUUUGGCAAGCAGCCACUGGGUUUGUGGGAAGCCUAGUUCAGACUGGAGUGACACCCUCCUCCUCUCGAGGGAAUGGAGACCACCAGCAGCAGCAGCAGCACCAGGCUCAGGUGCAGAAGGAGAAACAGGCCAUCUCCCAGAGUGAAACGCAGGAAAUCCGCCAGAUUCUUCGGAGGCUCAAAUGCCUGGCCUUGGAGACGGAGACGGAGCUGGAGCGGCAGGACGAAAGCCUGGAUGCCAUCACGUCCACCGUGGAUCGGGCCACCAUGAAUAUCGACCGGCAGAACCGCAGAAUCCGGAAACUCACCUAGGAAACAACAACCCCCGUUCUCAAAACGAGAGGAUUUGGGCAGCUGGGAAGCAGAGGGCCUCGUUCGUCCCGUGGGCCACACCUCCUUUUAGGUGUCAAAUUGAUAUUCACGAAAGAAGGAAGGUGUUCCCGACUGGGGUAUUAUUAUUAUUAUUGUUGUUGUUAUUAUUAAACGAAGGGGAGUUUGGUUUAAACUGCGAAGGAACCCAAGUUCUUUUACCUAACUCGCGAAAGGACCUUUUGAGUCGCAAAAAAGGAAGGACGUAAAAAGUUGCGAAACCGAAACAACCUUCAGUUUCGGUUAUUCUGCAGCUGAUGUGAGAAACACCACGUCAUGGGGGGGGGGGUCCUACCCCCUCCCCCCCCCACCCCUCCUUUUGGCGAGAGACCCGCUGCACCUUGAAAUUAUCCAUGCCAGUAGAGAGAAUCUCGAACGGCGCGUGGGAAAGGCGGCAAUGUGAUUUGCGAAAAUUUUAGUUGGAAGCACCUCCGUCGCACCACCGACGGUCUUCUUCGUGACUUCGAUAGCACCUCUGGCAUUGGGCCAGUCUUUGGGGCUUCAGGAAGCCUACGUAUUUUCCCCCCGUGCCGCCCCUCCCAGGCUUGUGGGUGCUCCAUUUCUGGAGGUUUUCAAAGACAGACUGGACAACCAUUUGACCGGGAUGGUCUAAGCUCUCCUUUGAGCAAGGGGUUGGACUAGAAGACCUCUGAGGUCCCUUCCGGCCCUAGGAUUCUAUGUUUUAUGUUUUGUUUUGUUAUUUAAUGUCUGGAUUGGCCUUCACCCUACCUUUUUCGAGAAAGCCAUCGUGCCGAAGCGAAUAUGCGGACAAGCAGGCAUUUUAGAGAGACACCCAUAAGUGAGGCGAUGAAUUUCUGGUCUGGUUUGAGCCCACCUUCCGUCUAUUUCUCCGCUGGGAUUUCUUCGAGAUUGUGAAUUUUGUUUAAAUCUCUUACGUGGGCUUACCUGGCCCCUAAACACGGAGGAAGGAGAAACAUUUAGCAAUCUGAAGUUUGCGGGCAUGGCUACGUUGCCUGCAUCCCACUUACUUAUCAGCAUGAAUAUUUUGCUUUUAGGUUGUUUUUUUAAAAAAAAUCUAAGACAGUGACAAAACUGCCUGUUAAUGUAGCUGACUUGCUAGGAAUCUGGGGGGGAAAAUGGUCUUAUUUCUGCUAUUUUUGGGGGAGACUCACCAUUUUUGAACAGCCCUUAGAUUGCUCUGUGCACUUUAACUGUUGAAUUUAACACAAAAGGGAAUGACUGUUAACGCAGCAUUGACAUCCGUCUAGUCCAGGGGUCUGCAAACUUGGCUCUUUUAAGACUUGUGGACUUCAACUCCCAGAGUUCCUCAGCCAGCUUUGCUCUGGGAAUUCAAGUCCACAAGUCUUAAGAGAGCCACGUUUGCAGACCCCUGGACUAGUCGAAUGCCAUUUUGCAUGGAGAAAAAGAGAAAAUAAAAAUAUUGCAGCCGUAGUAGCACCUGUCGGAAAUGAACUGAAUUGACUUGGGAGAUUUGGGGAUGAUUAACGACGGAAAUCUCUGGAUCGGAACCCAGAAGCAACACUGGGGAAUAAAAGAGACUUCUUUCGAGUAGCAGGAUUUGAAUUCGGUUAGAAUCGAACGGGAAGUUGGGCUUUACUUUCCGCCUGUGAGAUGCGUUGGUCUUAACGCAGACACAAAUUGAGCUUUAUUUUAAUAGGAACCUGUUAGUCCCAGAAUUCACCAGCCAGCAUGCAUGAACUUCAACUCCCAGAAUCACCCAGCUGGCAUGCUUUAAGAGAGGAUGACUCCAACUUCCAUAAUCCACCAGCCAGCCAUGUUGCCCUUGGAAUUCUGGGUGUUGAAGUCCACCCAUCUGAAAAGUCACUGAGUUGGAGAUAACAAAUAGUUUGCGACAUACAGCCAUUCGUUUAGCGGCUGUUUGAAGUUACAACGGCAGUGAAAAAAAGCGACAUAACUAGUCCUCCCAUUUACGACCAUCACAGCAGCCCCAUAGUCCUGCGAUCUGAAUUCAGGCACUCGGCAACCAGCGCGAAUUUAGGAAGGUUGCAGCAUCUCUGAGGUCAAGUGGUCUCCAUAUGCAACCUUCCCAGCUGGCUUCUGAUGAGCGAAGUCAGUGGGGGAAGCCGGAUUCACUUAACGACCAUGGUUGUGAAAAGUUGUGAAUUUUUUUUUUAUUUACAUUUAUAUCCCGCCCUUCUCCGAAGACUCAGGGCGGCUUACAGUGUGUAAGGCAAUAGUCUCAUUCUAUUUGUAUAUUUACAAAGUCAACUUAUUGCCCCCCCAACAAUCUGGGUCCUCAUUUUACCUACCUUAUAAAGGAUGGAAGGCUGAGUCAACCUUGGACCUGGUGGGACUUGAACCUGCAGUAAUUGCAGGCAGUUGUGUUUUAAUAACAGGCUUCUUACAGCCUGAGCCACACCGCGGCCCUUAUUCACUUAGCAGCCUUAGAAUUAGCAUUUAGAAUUAGAAUUAGAAUUAGAAUUAGCACUUAGAAUUCACUUAGCAGCCACCUUGGUUAGCAACAAAAACGCUGAUGGUCAUAAUUCGAGGACUAUCUAGUAGUCUACCAAAUCUGACCUGCAGAAAAUCCGGAUGAUGAUUAAAAGGCAGGUAACGGUGGGUUGUCACUGCGCAUGGCUGAGAUCAGCUUUUCCUAAGUGUGUUGCGUUAUGCGUGGCAUUCCGGCUACAAUCUGGUCUGGCAGCUCGGUCGCUAAGCAGAAAGUCACUUCACUGAUUUUCUUCCCUUUCAGUCGUUAAAACAUCACAAGAUCACAACAAUCUGCCUUCCGCUUUCUCUGUUAGGGCCGCUUAUUGCACGCGUAUUGCAUGCUUGACAAUCCUGUAAUUGCAGGGCAAUGAUGGUCAUAAGUGCGAGGAUCGGUCGCAAAGCUUUAACACCGUCGCAACUUUGAACGGUCGUUAAGCGAGGACUACCUGUGCAAACUCUGCCUUUUCUGAAGCUCCGCUUUCCUUUUUAUCAGCCGAGAGAAAAGAAAUAGUUGGUGAUGAGGGUGAAUUUGUUUACUAAACAUCAUUAUAUUCCAGUUUGUUUGUUUAUUUAUUGCUAGUUGUGAGCCGUUAAUUAUAGAUUUAAGUUGGGCUAAAACUGCCGCCGUUACAGACUAUUUUUCGCAGUUAGUGACCGUAAGUUCCAAUCGAAACUAUAAAGUGAGUUUUUUUUCCUUAAUGUUUAAACCAGGGCUCUCCAACCUUGGCAACUUUUAAGUCUGGCGGACUUUGCUGGCUGGGGGAUUCUGGGAGUUGAAGUCCGCCAGGCUUAAAGUUGCCAAGGUUGGAGACCCCUGGUUUAAAUUACAUUUCUCAGACUCUUAAUUGAUUAGAUUUUUACAUAUAUACAAAAUCUCAGUCGCUUGGUGUGUAUUUCACAGCUGUUUCUGUUUUGGGUGUGUUAAGAGCGACAAAUUGGGCUGCAACUAGAUUCAUUCUGGAUAGGUUGCAAAUUCCUUUUCAUGCGAAUUAGCAGAUUCAAACUUAGCUGUGCUCAGAGCUACUUGCAGGGAUCUCUGGGGGAAGAUUGCAGUCAGUCCUCGACUUACGGCCAUUCACUUAAUGACCAUUCAAAGUUACAAGAGUGCUGAAAAAAGUAACCUGUGACUUUUUUUCACACUUACGAUCGUUGCAGCAUCUCCACGAUUAUGUGAUUAAAAUUCAGAUGCUUGGCAGCUGACUCAGAUAUAUGACGGUCCCGGGGUCACAUGAUCCCCUUUUGCGACCUUCUGAUGAGCAAAGUCAACGGGGAAGCCAGAUUCACUUAACAACCGCAUUGCUAACUUAACAGCCGCGGGGAUUCACUUAACAACGGUGGCAAGAAAGGUCAUAAGGUGAGGCAAAACUCGCUCAACAACUGUCCCGCUUAGCGAAGGAAAUUUUGGGCUCAAUGGUGGUCGUAAGCCGAGGAAUACCUGCAUUUCCAAUUAAUUUAACUGCCGCAGAUUCGAUCUGUUCUUCCUUAAUCGCCGUUUGUCAACUCCUAUUUUACUACAUCCUAUUCCAGGGGCUUAACGUUUACAAAGGAUUUGCACGCAAAGGGAAGUUAAACCCUACGCAGCAUUUUGCACGUUCUGCUGUUGUUUUGUUUUUUUAAAAAAUACUGAUUACUUUCUGCCUUUUUAUGUUGCCAAUUUUGUUUUUUAACCACUAAUUGUGUCUGGGCUUAUUUAUUUUUUCUUAAACCAGGUUGUUUUAAUUUAUGGGACGCUAUUUAUGCAGAUUUGGGAAGUGCAAGGGAAUAAAAACUGAACCAGUUCCGUAGGAAAAAACUGGAAUUAGUUCCCCCAUCACAAUAUUUGAUUUCCCUCCCCACAGUCAUCCUCCCCCCCCCCACCCACCCCCCCAGACCUGGAAAUUUAGGUGGGAGGGCAGCCGGGUGACAUCUUGUGUUUCCCAAAUCUGACUGGGGGUAUUCUUGUUAAUUGAUUUGACUGUAACAUGUUUUUUCUUUUCCCCCUGAUAAUAAAAUGAAUGACUAACU